AUGUCUGGUACUGAUCCCGUUUUAGAAGAAUUCCCCAUUGAAAUGAUGGAGGAUGCCGAUGCUGUUGCCAAAGAGUGGAUCGAGGCAGAAUCCAGCAAAGAAGUGAAACGUAUUAAAAAAGUUGGAUCGAGUGUGACACCUCUCAAGGUAUAUAACAUCAAAGAAAAGAAUGAUAAUAUAAGUGAGCUGACAUCUCUUCUAAAAAAAAAGAUUAGUAAUUGUGGUAUUAUUGCCAAUUUUGAUAAUAAAAGAGCAAGAGCGAUUAACCGAGUUGAAUUGGAUACCGAGAUUGACUUGAGUAAAGUGCAACAGAUUAUGGUUUCACCACCUGUCGCUUAUCCUCACAAGGCCCAUUUCAACUAUGUGAAUCUGAUUCUUGUGACGAGUGAUCCUGUUCCCUAUUUGGCGCCUUAUCUGUAUCAAACCAAUGUAAAGGUGACACAACCCGAGAAAGAGGAACAGGGCCGUAAAUAUCCUAGUAAAGAGAUUACUUUAAAGAACGACCUCAGAGAUUACUUAUUGAUUAAUAAGAAUGGUAUUCGUUCUCGUUUCACUAUUCAUGAAUAUCACGAUGGAGUACUCGAACGUCAGUUUGAAAAGUCUCAUUUCGCACAAACCUCUCCUACAAAGAAAGUCAAGAAACUCGCCAUCUUUGAUUUCGAUUCGACUUUAUUCUUCUCACCUUUACUUAGCCCUACGAUUUGGCAUCCUAAUCUCAUUCGCUUAGCUACGUCCGAGAGUAUUUAUGGACCUGGUUGGUGGCGAGAUAUUCGUAGUCUUGAUUUAGGCCCAAUGGAAGAACUGGAGAGGAACGCUUGGAAAGGGUAUUGGAACGAAAAGAUUGUAGCGGAUGCUCGAGCGUGUAUUGCGGAUAAGGAUACGAUGACGGUGGUAUUGACAGGCAGACGAUAUCAUCCCUUUCAUCAAUUAAUACCAGCCAUGUUAAAAUCAAAGGGUUUACAAUUCGACUUGGUUGGUCUCAGACCUGAUCCUGAAUCCGUUUCUGAAUAUCAAUGGCAAGGAGGGGAUGAUACAAAGAGUGCUCAGUCGGUAUCUUAUAAUUUGACGGGUUCCGUAUUUAAAUCUACCAUGCAUUUCAAGACCUGCUUCAUCUUGAAUCUUUUACACAAGAUACCUAGCUUGGAAAGUGUCGUGAUGUGGGAUGACCGAUUACCUCAUGUGAAACGAUUUAAAGAGUUUUUGGAUGCUGUCAAACGAACGGACGCGAUUGAAAAAGGACAAGUGAUUCAUGUUCCCGGGAUUCGACCCAAGUAUAAUCCAGAGUGGGAAAAGCGAGUGAUCACACACAUUAUUCAAACGCAUAAUAAAGCACUGGUGGAGUAUCAAAGCGGGAAAAAGACAACUGGAAAGAUCAUGGAACGUUUGGAGUGGACACCCGUCAUAGAAGAUCCAUUAUCAUUGUCUGAAAAAAUAUUAAAUUUAGCUCCUCAACCUGCACAAACCGUCAUUGCAUUAACCACCAGCUGUAUCCAUAAUCUUCAAACCUCAUUUUCAUCUCUAUUUCAAUCUCAAUGCAAACAAAACAAACGGUCCAAAUGGAAGGUAUUUGGAGGUGAAGAACCACAAUUCUUUGGUGAUUAUGUCUAUCUUUCUCAAAAGGUCUUGUCUAGUACAGACAUUACUUUGGGUCCGGUAGGUACCCUUGUGGAUCUCACCAUCCUUGCUUACUCUGUUUCUCCUCGUAUACCCUGUUUAUUAUUAAAAGUACAAGUAAAGGAUCAAGAGCACAUCUUACCCCUGUGGUAUAAACCAUCCGAGUUCUUUGAUCUCUUUCGAUUAAAAGAUAUCCAAUGGCAAACAAUUCGAUCCAAUCAUCGUUCAUACAUAACCGAUAUCCAAGGUGAAAUUAACUAUGCCAAUCGAUUAGGUGUGAUUGAAACUCCCCUUCGUAUCAAACGUCCUUUAUCACCUGACAACGACAUUUCACCUAUUCCUACAUCUCGCUUACGAACCACUUAUUAA